AUGGCAACGAAACCGACGCAUGAACCUCUGCCUGAUAUUCCAAGUCCAGAUAUUCAGGAUGAUGAUGACUCAAUCAUUUGCAAUCAAGAUGAGGCUGAGGCAAUAUUGCAACCUGCUCUUAGUGAUGCUGCUAGACAUUUGACCUCACAAAACACGCCAGCCAUCGAGAAAGCCUUAGCACUAGACAAGAGUCGAGCUGGAUUGUUCGAUUUGCCCAUCGAUAAACACGGUGACACAAGCCCUGACCUUUCGUCUUCGCCCGAAACAACACCCCAGGUACUACAGAUUGCUACCCCAGAGAGGCCAUCCGCAAAAGUAUCGCCCACUCAGCAGUACCGAAAUGCCCUGCCUUCACCCUGGCAGGCUCAGCCGAAGCCUACAAGCAAAGUUUCCACAAGCAGACCAUCAGGAAGUAUUCUGGGGAAUGCCUUAGCUCCAGCUCGAAAUCGUUCCAGGUCGGCAGGCCAAGAAGCACUAAGGAGACUGCAGAAGGCAUGGCCUUCUCUUAGCCCUCCGACGCAUCUGUUACCCUCAAUGUCAAACUCGUUCUUUUCCAGCUCACACGACAAAACCAGUGCCAGUACGUCAGGUGUCCCGAGUCACUCAUCACCAGCAACCCACCAGCAUUCGCCUCAUAAUCCUUCUGAUGCGCUUGGUGUCUCUCAAGUGAGGCCUAGUCCGGCUCCGCAACAGGCUCGAGGACUCGCUUCUACUCCUCGGAAUUCUAACGCAGCCUCUGCGUCUGUACGACCCAGGGUUCUUCGACGGGUCACUUCUGAUGAGAGUCACUUAUAUCACAGUCUUUCUCGCACUUCUUCUCUCGGUGAUGAUGAACAAUUCCAGGACGUUCGUGAAAUGGUCAAUAUUCGGUUCAUGGCCUUGAAAGACAGCCUUCCUGACGUUCCAAACUUCAAGAUGCCUAGCCUGCCCAAGCUUUACAGCCAAGCACGGAAGUCAACGCAUUCACUCGGUGCAUUCCACUCACCCGAACCGUCACCAACUCGCGCUCAGCCUCCCAAAGAUUUCGAUGUCAGCUCAAAGGACGGAUCUGCUGUUCUCGAUCGCGUCCUGGAGUCUCUGACUGGGGACUUGGUGAUCAUGGGCGGCUACCGUGGUUCCGUCUUACGAUCUGCCGAGCCACCUCACCAACAGGUCUGGGCCCCUGUGAAACUCGGCCUCAACAUGCGAAAGGUCAAUCUCGAAGUUGGCUUAGAGGAUGAGGACGAGGAAAGAAUGGAAGAGACUAUCAAACCUGACGGCAUGCUGAAACAUAUCGGCCCCGUCGACGUCUCUCGCAAGUUUAUCAAAAGACUGCGCUCGUGUGAUAAUGCUCGAUCGGGAAAGCUGCGAGUUUGGGACUAUGGUUAUGACUGGCGCCUGAGCCCGCAUUUACUGUCUCGUAAAUUACAAGAAUAUCUCCAAAAGCUCCCUUCAAACCAAGGAGGGACACCGGAUGGAUCUCGUGGAGCUCUUGUCAUAUCUCACAGUUUGGGCGGCAUCAUCACACGGCAUGCUGUCAACCAGAGACCUGAUCUCUUCUCAGGGGUCUUGUACUGCGGCACCCCGCAACGUUGCGUCAAUAUCCUGAACCCUCUUCGCCACGGUGAUGUAGUUCUCCUGAAUGAGAAACUUCUCACAGCAAGCGUCAAUUUCAGCAUGCGGACAUCUUUCGUCUUUCUGCCUGAGGAUGGCUUUUGCUUUGUGGAUAAGAAUACAGGAGAAGAGUAUCCCAUCGACUUUUACGAUCCUCAGGAAUGGGUCAGGUGGCAUCUGAGCCCGUGUAUGCAGCCGGCUUUGCCGCCUCGCAACCGUCCUCAGUCAUCUUCCUUUUCGUCCUUCCUCCCAAACUCUCUUCGGACUCGCGCUGAUAGUAAGAGCGAGAAAUGGCCGCCUUCGCCAACGGCGGCUGCCCGAGAUCACAACCCUAUCGCGCUCCAGCUCAAUGGAAGUGGUGCAAAUGUGGAAGAAUCAAAGCCUUCGGAUCUGCAGCGUAAGCGUUACUUGGACUAUCUUACCCGAACACUUGCAGCGACUCGCAGGUUUCGCUCAGAAUUGGCUCACUCGCCAAGGCACCAGGAAGCCAACGCCUACCCUCCCCACGCUGUGUUAUAUGGCAAGAGUAUUCCCACGGUGUACGCAGCCCAGGUCACUGGCCGCGAGGGUAUAUGCUAUUCUGAUGCCUACGACGAUCUUCUCUUCCGACCCGGCGAUGGCGUUGUCUUGGCCAAGGAAGCCAUGCUUCCGGAAGGCUACUCUAUCGCUCGCGGCGGUCGUGUCUGUACCGAGCGCGGCCACAUUACAAUGCUCGGCGAUCUGCCGGCUAUGGGAAAGGCACUCGAGGCACUUGUUAGGGGCAGGCGGAAGGGCAUCGGCAUGGGCACUGGUGGCGGUGAGGCAAAAUAG